ACAAACAACCCUGUCACCAAUGCUUCGCGUUGUGCCUGGAAGCUCUGGAAUGAUUGGCCUUCAACGGCUGUUGGAGUUUUGGAGCGGAGACUGAUGGUGGGGUUUCACGACCUGGACCUCCCGAUCGCGCUGCGGCGGACGCGUCGAAUCAUUUCUGGACCUCAUACGGGUACAGCACCAUCAUGUACAGUCCAGACCAAUAUUGAAGCCUCAUCCAAAUCAACAAACCAGCCAUGCUCUCUCUCGUCGGAUAUUUCUCCAACACCCAGAAAAAAGAACCGCCGUCCUCGGAAACAAGUCAGGUUUUCUGACCCAGGACCAAUUUUGGACACGCUGCAAAAUGAAGACCAUCUGUCAUCCACAGGUCUCACCCCAAUGGUCAAGAAGACGUCUCUUGGCCCAAUUGCAUCUUCUCGAAGGCGACAUUCUACUCCAGCAAAAUCAUCGUCAUCGCUGUCAAGAAAUGGCUUAGACUUGUACAUGAACCAGGACAGUCUAGCCUCGCCUCUGGGUGGAGAUGUAAGAUUGUUGCCUCUACGUCAGGUUCUGGAUGGCCGUGUCAAGCGGAGGCUUCGUCGGAAUGGGCUCAGCGAGGAGAUGAACGCUAUCCAUGCCGAGAAGAAGAAGAAGGCGGCCGAGGCCAAGGCAGAGCUCCAACGUCUCAGGGAUGAUCUGUCAGCCAAGGAUGCCGAAAUCAGUCAGCUAAGAGCAGUACAGCAACAGCAGCACUGGGAUGCACAACAUCAAGAUCUAUCAGCUCGAGAGGAGUUUGAUCCUGACGCAACCAUAGAUACCGUGGUCGGCGAUACUGAGCGCAUAUUCGACCUGGAAAGAGAAGUAGCCAGUCUCCGGCAGCAACUUCACGACCGGACUGAGACCACCAUCGAAAACACACGCAGCUACGAGUGGACGCUAGCAGCUAGAGACCCAUUUGCCUUGGGCGAGUAUUCCAUGAUGGAUAUUGAUGACGACGAUGACGAGCAGUUCGGUGAUGCCACCAUUGCAGAACUGCAAUGCAGCACUCCAUCAUCACGCAGGGCAGGCUCCAGGAAGAAUGCCAACGAGGCUGCUGCCGCGUCUUUCCCAUCACCACCAGCGACCAGUCCUCUGGCCAGGGGGCUGCAGACGCCGAGCUCCCUUCGCUUCUGUUCGAUUCCCGAAUUGCACAUUGGAGUACAAGCCUCGCUGCCCGACCCAGAAAAGCAGCAGCUGGAAGAAGAGCUAGCAUCGCUUCAGAUGGAGGUUUCAAAGCUCACCGCAGCAUUGCAGUCUUACCAAUCAUUGGCGACCCGAGUAUCCAACCGGAUGUCGCGGGUGACUGUCAGCACCACCACAGUGACCACGCCAGAAGCCAUCACAGACGCGUCGCCGGAGCCCGCCAUCGAGGCGCGGCUAUCAGACCUGCUUACCACGGUUUCGGAUCGCACGGCAGCACUCAGUUCCCUGUCCGCCUCCAUCACGAACCUCGGAUUCCCCGGUUCGGAUGCAGGCGAAAUGUUGAUUUCCAUGGCCAGCGCCUUCCGCACCGCCCGCCUCGAGUUGGAGUACCUCACCCCCGGCGAGAUCACCCUCCCGCUCAGUUCAGCGGGCGCUGCUGUCCUGGACCUGCUGCUGGCCCGGCUGCGUGAUCUCUCAAAGCGCGCCCGCGAAGACGAGGCGGCCAUCGACGAGUACCACGCCCAGGAGCUUUCCUUGCGGCAGCAGUUGUCUGCCAGGGUGGACGUCUCCGGUGAGCUUGCUGCGGAGGUUCAGAAUCUGAAGAAGCAGCUUGAGGACCGUGACGCCAAGGUCGACGAGCUCCAGGUCGGUCUGGACAGGCUCAAGGGAGCAGCCGCGAGCUACACGCGUGACAUUGCAGAGCUUGAGAAGUUGACGGAGCGAGUCGAGGCCCAACGCAUAGCUGCGCUUGACGAGUGUGAGCUGCUCAGGGGCGCUGCCACGACCAAGGACGCCGAGAUGGACGAGGCUCGCAGGGCUCACGACGCCGCCGUCACGGAGCUCCAAGGCAAACUCGCCACGCUGCUGGCCGGAGCUGGUGAUCUGCGCGUCCGGCUCGCCAACGCAGAGGCCGAUGCCGCCGGAGCACAAAUACGACACGCCGACCGGACCAAGAAGCUCAACAUCGCCCACGGAAGGCAGUUGGCUCUUCGCGAUGCCCGCGUGGCUGAGCUGCGCAUCGAGGUGGACCGCGUAAACAGCGCUCUGCGGGCGGCCCACGAUACCGUCUGCCAACUCAGGGUUGAGAAGGGCAGGCUCGAGGGGCGCGUCGAGGACGAGAAGGCCGCUGCCAAAAAGGCCGUCGAUGCCAUGAAGGAGGAGCUCGAGCGUGUUGUUCAGAUGAGCAGGGAGUUCUUGGCUUCAACCCCCAAGGAUAAAGACUCUGAAGCGUCGUCUUGGAGCAGAUCAGCCAGGUAUUCUCGCACCCCUUCAGCCCGAAAAAGCCAACAAUCGGAUGGCAUGCCCGCAACUGUGGUUCGCCCCGGGGGCUUGUUCGAUGCUGCCAAGACGCGGCGGCGGAGUAGUGUGGGCGAGGGCGACGACGCCAGUCUUGCCGUCGCCCCAGAAGAUGUGUCUGCUAAAGGAAAGAAGCGCCGCCGAUAUGACAGCGGCCUGGGUUUUCUAGAUGAGGAGGAUGUGGAUUUUUGA